AUGUGUACGGAAGUACUUUCCGUACAACAGUCAGCAAAAAACCACGAAAAGUCUUCGGAAUCUGACGUGUACGCGCUCGGGAUGACAGUUUGGCAGAUUUACGAACGCUUACAACCGUUCAGUAUCAUGCCCGAGGCUGCGAUAGUGAGCCAGGUGCUCGGUGGGGAGCGCCCGAAAUAUAACCACACGCCGCCUUCGGUGAAGAAGAUCAUCUCCUCGUGCUGGGCGAAAGAUCCGAAAGAUAGGCCGCCUUCGGAUCAGAUCGCAUGCGCUCUGAGUCAUGUGUACGAGUUGCUCGAGCGAAGUCUUAACUCUUCCUAUGCCUACGUAAAACAUAAAUUCGCUCAAGACGAUCUAAAAAUGGAUCCUCUUGACUUUUGGAAAGAAAAAGGGAAACAAUGGCCCUUGUUACGUGAGGUAGCUAAGACAAUACUGGCGAUACCGGCGUCGAGCGCAGGAUCGGAACGAUCGUUUUCGACAAUGGGUCGAUUACUCUCAAAUAACCGCACGACGAUGCUUCACGACAAGGUCAACAAGUUAAUUGUCUUAAAUAAGCACCCCGAUUUGUUUAACCAAGACACGUUAGGUGAAAACGUCAGUGAGGAGGAGUGCCUUCAGGUGGACGAAGAAGACUCCGAAGAUGAGUUCGAGCAUGAGUUCGACGACGGGUGGUCGCUCAUCGCUGACGCAGCAUAG